AUGGGUAUGAAUCAAGCCAUAGCCAAAGAAUGCAUAACAACAAAUUCCGUUGUUUCUUUUGAACCAAUUACUUCAUUGAAACCAAACGAACUAUGGAAGGUUGGAAAAGAUAAAAAAUCGCAGCCACAAGGUAAAUCAAAUAAAGCAAAGCGAAUGAGGCCGAAUACUGAUGAUGAGGAAGAGUCGGAAUCUUUCCAGUCGCAAAGCAUGGAUAUGUGA